CUAAGGGUUAAAAUGUGAUUGUGCAGACAUGUUAAUCGCAUUUUUAUUACUGUAUUCACAGAUCUUACAGUAAAUCUCAAUUAGAGAACUGGAAAAAUGUACACUACUAGUCUACUAGUCCGACAACCGUGCCAAGCAGCGUCUCCACCGCUAAAAACCCAUCCUCUCCACCUUCGAUGUCCAAAACCAACGUUACAUUGUUCAACUCCUUCAGGCACAAAAACCUCAGUCGCCAAUUGCUUAUGUCUUGGACUCACAGCAUCCAGCGCUACUCUGCCUCCAUCAAGCAGGGCCUCCAGAUGGUCCCUUGGGGGCAUGACUGCUCUAGUCACCGGCGGCACCAGGGGCAUCGGGCAUGCUAUUGUGGAGGAAUUGGCUGGGCUUGGAGCCACCGUGCAUACGUGUGCCCGCAACGACGCUGAGCUCUGCAGCUGUUUGAAGAAAUGGAAAGAUGGUGAGGAGUCUUUUCAGGUCACUGGGUCAGUUUGCGAUGUGUCAUCUAGAGCCGAUCGUCAGAGGUUAGGGGAUACUGUUUCGUCCUUGUUCAAUGGGAAGCUCAACAUUCUUGUAAAUAAUGUCGGCAGCAAUAUCCGAAAACCUAUUGUUGAUAUCACGGCAGAAGAAUUCUCCGCUCUGGUCACAACGAAUUUUGAAUCUGUUUUCCACUUGUGCCAACUGGCAUAUCCCCUUCUGAAAGCAUCAGGAUCAGGAAGUGUUGUGUUUACAUCUUCUGUCUCUGGUUUUGUGUCCUUGAAGUCCAUGUCUGUUCAAGGAGCCACCAAAGGAGCAAUUAAUCAACUGACAAGAAGUUUAGCAUGUGAGUGGGCAAAUGACAACAUCAGGAGCAAUGCAGUCGCACCGUGGUACAUCAAGACCUCAAUGGUGGAGCAAGUGUUGAGUAACAGAGAAUUUCUAGAAGACGUAUAUGAUCGAACUCCACUCCACCGUCUUGGAGAUCCGGCUGAGGUCUCAUCUCUUGUUGCAUUCCUCUGUCUACCAGCAUCAUCGUAUAUUACUGGCCAGAUAAUAUGCGUCGAUGGAGGGAUGUCCGUGAAUGGCUUCUGCCCUCGUACGUACUAGCAACUUGCCACUUUUCUUGUUUGUCGUUAUAGGGUAAUCAGUACAUAUUGCCAUCUCCCAUCUAUGUUGGAACUACCAUGGAUUCGCUCUGGAUCGUUCUUCCUUUUUAGUAGCUGUAUUUGUUGGAUGAGUUUAGACAAUAGUCAUGCACUCGAAAUAAGGACUCUUGGUUUAGACAUUAACAUGCUCUUUUUGCUUA